CCUGACAGUGCAGUGAAUGAGAAGAGAGAGUGAGGGAGACUGUGUGUAUGAAUUACUGAGAAAGCAGCAGAAAAUAAUAUAAUCUUUCACAGGACUGGGUUUUUCUAUUGGAUUACAAACAAGAAGAGGGAGAGAUUUUCACAGAACACACAUACAAGGGUAGUAAUGAAGCUUCUAGCGGCCAUAGCAGUGGUGCUCCUCCUGGUGGCGGUGGAGAGUAUGGCGGCCAGAGGCAUGUCCAGGAGGACCAAGAGGGAUCUGAUGAGCCCGCUGCACAUUGGGGGAAUCAGGGACCCGUUUGGGUUGUACUGCGAGCGGAGGGGGGGCUGCUGCCCGGGCCGGGACGACCAGUGUACGGUGCCCUACCUGGACACCAUCUGUUACUGUGACCUGUUCUGUAACCGAACCAUCUCCGACUGCUGCCCCGACUUCUGGGGCCACUGUCUGGGCAUCUCACCCCCUUUCAUUGGCACCUGUGAAAGAAACGGACACAAAUUCCUCUCAGGACAAACAUUCAAAGACAACUGCAAUUUAUGUACGUGUGGAACGACUGGGCGUUGGGAGUGUGAGCAGCAUGCCUGUCUCAUAGAGAAUGAUAUGAUCCAGGCAGUCAACAGAGGAAACUAUGGCUGGCAGGCAGCAAACUACAGCCAGUUCUAUGGCAUGUCUCUGGACGAGGGCCUGAGGUAUCGCCUGGGGACACAGAGGCCCUCCAGGACCAUCAUGAGCAUGAACGAGAUGCAGGUGAAUGUGGACCCUCAGAAUGAUUAUCUGCCUCAGUACUUCAAUGCAGCGGAGAAGUGGCCUGGAAAGAUCCAUGAACCUCUGGACCAGGGUAACUGCGCUGCCUCCUGGGCCUUCUCCACUGCAGCGGUGGCAUCGGAUCGAAUCUCCAUCCAGUCGAUGGGUCACAUGACACCUCAACUGUCGCCCCAGAACCUAAUUUCCUGUGACACACGCAACCAAGGGGGCUGUGCUGGAGGACGUAUCGACGGAGCCUGGUGGUACCUGAGACGCAGAGGUGUGGUGACAGAGGAGUGCUACCCGUUCUCUGCCCCCCAGCAGACACCAGCAGAGGUGGGCCGCUGUAUGAUGCAGAGUCGCUCUGUGGGCCGAGGGAAGAGACAGGCUACAGCACGCUGCCCCAGCACACACACCUACCACAACGACAUUUACCAGUCUACACCUCCCUACAGGCUCUCAUCAAACGAGAAGGAGAUCAUGAAGGAGAUUGUGGAUAACGGCCCAGUGCAAGCCAUCCUGGAGGUCCACGAGGACUUCUUUGUCUAUAAGAGUGGGAUCUACAAACACACAGACGUCAGCUUCACCAAACCACCACACUACCGCAAACACAACACACACUCCGUCAGAAUCACAGGGUGGGGAGAGGAGAGGAACUAUGAUGGGACAACAAAGAAGUACUGGAUCGCUGCCAACUCGUGGGGGAAGAACUGGGGGGAGAACGGCUACUUCCGUAUCACUCGUGGUGAGAACGAGUGUGAGAUAGAGGCGUUCGUGAUUGGCGUGUGGGGUAGGGUCACUAUGGAAGACAUGCAGAACCACCAUCACCGCCGACGCAAGUAGAGACAGACACUCCAGGAACCCAGCACCUACCCUUCACCCCAUACCCUCUUCCCCUCCCUACCCUGGGGGAGCAACCAGCCCCAGAGGCCCUGCUCUUACUCCCCUACCCCCAUAACAAACUCUGGGGGAACAACUCAACCAGUUCCCACUCUGACCUUUGGGGAAACCAACAACAACUACCCCAGGAACUCCAACUCUUACCCCCUUACCCCCUUGCACCCAUAUCCCCUUACGCCAGCCUAGGGGUAUUGACACCCCAACCGCCCCCUAACCCAACUCAAGGUUUAUGGCACCAAAACAAGCUCCAGGUCUGCAGGCUGAGAGGGGCUUCUUCAUAGAGCCUCCCCUGGCUUCAGGACACAGCAAUAAGCACCUCAGGACUCACUUUUCCAAAGACCAUCCUUCCUGGAUUCCUCGGCUUCAGCCUAGCAUGGAAUGUCUACUUCCUGCUUCUGUCCUGAAGUCUUCACUUCCUCUGCUAUAAUGAUGAAUGGACUGGCUUGAUCUGAACUCUCUCACUCUCCUCUCUUUCAUUGUGUAGCUAUUCAUUUGGCUGCCAUGACAGGUGGCUAUCCAUUUGGCUGCCAUGACAGGUGGCAUCCAUUUGGUUGCCAUGACAAGUGGCUAUCCAUUUGGUUGCCAUGACAAGUGGCUAUCCAUUUGUCUUCCAUGACAAGUGGCUUUCCAUUUGGCUGCAAUGACAGGUGGCUAUCUAUCUCUGAUCAUGGUUAACCCUCUCCCUGUGUUUCUCUGUUGUUGUGUAUUUUGAAAGCCAACCCCUUAGGGACAGAUUGGGAUGGAGAGAACCAGAGAGAUAGAGGAGUAGAUGAUACAGGCACCAGAUUGGGAUGGAGAGAACCAGAGAGAUAGAGGAGUAGAUGAUACAGGCACCAGAUUGGGAUGGAGAGAACCAGAGAGAUAGGGGAGUAGAUGAUACAGGCACCAGAUUGGGAUGGAGAGAACCAGAGAGAUAGGGGAGUAGAUGAUACAGGCACCAGAUUGGGAUGGAGAGAACCAGAGAAAUAGAGGAGUAGAUGAUACAGGCACCAGAUUGGGAUGGAGAGAACCAGAGAGAUAGAGGAGUAGAUGAUACAGGCACCAGAUUGGGAUGGAGAGAACCAGAGAGAUAGAGGAGUAGAUGAUACAGGGACCAGAUUGGGAUGGAGAGAACCAGAGAGAUAGAGGAGUAGAUGAUACAGGCACCAGAUUGGGAUGGAGAGAACCAGAGAGAUAGAGGAGUAGAUGAUACAGGCACCAGAUUGGGCAGUUCCCACAACAAGAGACGAGAGAAACUAACAAUCCACUUGUGCAACAGUUUAGUUAAACGUUAUCACUGAGGGCCUAAGUCUUAGUCACGCUAGCUACAUCACUGAUUAAUGUAUUCCUAUUACUGUCAGCAGAUAGCCACACAUAUCUUCACACAUUCCAAAAAUGCAGAAUCUUACACUGGAAAAGGUGUUGGGCUAAAGCUUGAUGGUAGGUGGGGUUGAGGGUUUAGUGAGCUGUCCUUUUGACCAAUAAUUUAUUUCCCCUCAUUUACCAAAAAUCGAUGUUUUGUUAUUAGGUUAAUCCCACUGAGUGCAUAGUACAGUAUUAAGUUUCAGCAAGCUCUGGAAAUGAAAUUCAAUGCCAAAUUUCUCUUGAGUUUUCAGUACCACAUCAUCUAUCUGUUUAUGGAAGAGAUGGAGUCAAUCUUCCAAUGAUAUCAAAUCAACUUAAAUCUCAUGACCAUGACAGCUCUUGACUGAAGCCAACUGCUUGAACAUAACGUUUCAUUAUAAAUAAUAUUAGUGGGUCAGCCGUUUAUAAAUCUCCCUUAUUACUAUUCAUACAGUAGGUAUGAAAGCAGAGAUUAAGCAUGUAUAAUAUGUGUAGAUGUAAUUGUAGCAAGCGAGGAGCUUAAAAAACAGCCUUUGAAAAAUACACUCCGUUCAUUAAAUCAGCUGGUUGAUAAAAACAUGAGAUUGAUUGAAAUAACAUCCUUUUGAAGAAGGUGAAAUGGCCACCACCAGAUGAUGCCAGAGACAGAAGUGAAAGAGAGAGUCUUGACUCCCUCAUUUUUUUCUGGUCAGGGCGGGGCCACUCUGGUCUACUUAUUGGCCCCACCUCACUGGCUAAUUAUUUCUGGUCAGGCAGGCCGAGCGAGAGGGGACACUAAGUAGACCAGAGCCAGCUGUUCCCUCUCUCACGUGAGCAUGCCAGACAUUAUGGAGGAGCCUUGAGCUCACACAGGAAGGCAUGUUCACGCAAGAGAGGGAACAUCCACUUACACAGACCGGAACACAUUUUUUUCAAUGGUAAACGGCCUGAGGAAACCAUCUUAGUUAUCCACCAUCUUUGAUGAUCCUUCAACAUGACAACCUUAUGGGUUAUCAAAUGCCUUAAUGAAAUAAGUGCUGUUUUUUGGGGGGCCUCUGGUUGAAAUAUUAGACCCAUUGUGUUUUAUAGUCUUGAUCUAUUUCAUUCUCUGUAUUUACAUUUUAGUCAUUUAGCAGAAGCUGUUAUCCAGAGCAACUAGGGUUAAUUGCCUUGCUCAAGGGCACAUCCACAGGUUUUUCACCUCAUCGUGUCUGGGAUUUGAACCAGCAACCUUUCGGUUACUGGCCCAGUGCUCUUAACCACUAGGCUACCUGUACACUGUGUUACGAUUAUGCUGAAAAUAUUAUUAUUGUUGCUGUUGUUGUA